GCCGUACAACAGAAGUUCAUAUGAUCCCCUACACUCUCAUUGCGGCUGGUUUACACGGUCAUGCACAAUGGCAACACGACGUCCUCAUAAAAAGUCGAGGAGGGGCUGUGGGCAAUGUAAAAAGAGGCAUAUUAAGUGUGACGAAGAACAUCCUAACUGUCAAAACUGUCUCCAGAGUGGUUUGAAUUGUGACUUUCCGCCUUCUUCUACUGAAGGUGCCUCUCCAGUGACUGGAGCAUCGAGGUCGCGUGCACAACACCAUCCGCACUUGCCCGAUUUUUCAGAGCAUGUCUCGCCGCGUUACACAAUCCAGCCUUCACCAUCUGAUUCUUCCGAUACUGCGACCUUUGCUAUUACCCUCUCCGACCUUGAGCUUACUCACCACUAUUCCACCGUUACAUGUUUAACUCUGGGCAGAACGCCAGAGGCGGGUCGUGUAUGGCAACACUAUGCACCCAGACUGGGGCUCUCCCACAUCUUUCUCCUUCGUGGUCUUCUCUCCUUUGCGGCUCUCCAUCUUAGCCAUCUCAGACCUUCGGAUCGUGCAUAUUACCGCAAACAGGCAUUGGUUCACCACGAUCAAGCGCUCCAAGAGUUCCAUACGGUUCUAGCUACGAUUAUUGAGACCAACAUCGAUGCGGCAUUUCUCUUCGCCAGUUUGCUCGUGACUUACACUUUCGGCUCGAAAGAUCUUGACACCCCAGAGACCAGCAGCGAGGACGCCCUUGAUGACAUCAGCAACUCUUUAUUCCUUGUGCGUUGUACCGGUGCCAUUCUAGUGCCUUUCCGGGAGUCUUUAUAUACAGGCGAGCUUCGGGCACUGCUGAAGGAACGACAAGGGUAUGAAUACCUGUCCGACGGGAUCACGUUACCCGAAUUCAGUGCACUGGCUACUGCAUGUACGAACGCGGGGAGCGGAAGCGAUACCGUUGCGACGGCUGCCUAUGUCAGCGCUAUUGAGCAACUGCAAGCUGUAUUUGCCAAGGUCCAGGCCACCGCCUCGUCGGAAGGACGACCGGACAUCGGCCUGGUGAUGAUCUGGCUAGUAAAUGUGCCAGAGCAGUAUGUUACAUUGUUAAAAAUGCGCAAGCCAGAAGCUUUGAUUAUCCUGGCUUACUUUGCGACCAUCCUGUGUCAUCGAAAUGAUAGUUGGUGGCUAAGAGGCUGGGAUGGCUAUUUGAUCUCGGCGGUUGAGAGUCAGCUAAGUGAAGAGUGGAGGUGUUGGCUAGAAUGGCCAAAAGCUUUGUGUCAGCAACGAGAGUUAUGAAAGAACACAUCAAUUACCCGGGAGCUAGGAAUCCGAUCCGUGUUCCGUGCGGCCAUGGACCCCGAAGCAGUAAAGGGGGGGGUUGUAUACGUUAAGCGAAUACGGCCUGGCAUGUGCAGUUUCGCCUCUACGGCAAACAAGUUCCGACACCGCUGAGAAGAACUGUACUUCUGCUUUAUAUAUUACUAUUAUCAUUUCAACUGCAAACGUAAAAAGUCUCUGCCCAUUUUCCUUCACCCAGUUAGCAGAAUGCCACAUUCUUUCCAAACCGAGGAGAAAGGUAAUUCAUCAUCGU